AAGCCGGGCGCGAUCCGCUAGGUCCCAGCGCAGCGCUGCGGGAGCAGGCGACGGGCGGCCUCGGAGCCCCGCGCCGGGAGCCGGGCCGCGAGGCGGGGAUCCGCCCGCGCCGCGCUGACAGCCGCGCCCGGCGUCCUCCCCGCCGGGGCGCUCUCCGGACAUGCCCCCGGAGGGGCGCGGCGCCGGGGACCCCGGAGCUCGCCUCCGCGCCGGGCCCCCCGCCCCGCCCCCGGGCGCCCGGGGCCCCCGCUGAGCGUGCGUCUAGCACUCCCGGGUCCCUCCCGCCGGCGCGCAGCCGGUCCCCAGCGCAGUGCGUCCCCGCGGGGCGAUGGGUUGAUGGGCGCCGGGGGACGCAGGAUGCGGGGGGCGCCCUUGAGCCUGCCGCUGCUGCCGCUGCUGCUCUUGCUGCUGGCGCCCGCGACUCGGGGCGCGCCUGGCUGUCCGGUCCCCAUCCGCAGCUGUAAAUGCUCGGGGGAAAGACCCAAGGCGCUGAGCGGCGGCGCCCCCAACCCGACGCGCAGGCGGGUGGUGUGCGGCGGCGGGGACCUCCCGGAGCCUCCGGAGCCCGGCCUUCUGCCCAACGGCACUGUGACCCUGCUCCUGAGCAACAACAAGAUCACCGGGCUCCGCAACGGCUCCUUCUUGGGACUGGCCCUGCUGGAGAAGCUGGACCUGAGGAACAACAUUAUCAGUACGGUGCAGCCGGGCGCCUUCCUGGGCCUGGGCGAGCUGCGACGCCUGGAUCUCUCCAACAAUCGGAUCGGUUGUCUCUCCCUCGAGACUUUCCAAGGCCUGCCUCGGCUUCAGCGGCUAAAUAUAUCCGGAAACAUCUUUUCCAGUCUGCAGCCUGGGGUCUUUGAUGAGCUGCCGGCCCUUAAACUUGUGGACUUGGGCACCGAGUUCCUGACCUGUGACUGCCACCUGCUCUGGCUGCUCCCCUGGGCCCGGAAUCGCUCAGUGCAGCUGUCGGAGCGCACGCUGUGCGCUUACCCCAGCGCCCUGCACUCCCAGGCCCUGGGCGGCCUGCAGGAGGCCCAGCUGCGCUGCGAGGGGGCCCUGGAGCUGCACACCCACCACCUCAUCCCAUCCCUGCGCCAAGUGGUGUUCCAGGGCGACCGGCUGCCCUUUCAGUGCUCGGCCAGCUACCUGGGCAACGACACCCGCAUCCGCUGGUACCACAACCAGGUCCCUGUGGAGGGCGACGAACAGGCGGGCGUGCACCUGGCUGGCAGCCUCAUCCAUGACUGCACAUUCAUCACCAGCGAGCUGACCCUGUCUCACAUCGGCGUGUGGGCCUCAGGUGAAUGGGAGUGCUCUGUGUCCACGGACCAGGGCAACACCAGCAAGAAGGUGGAGAUUGUGGUGCUGGAGACCUCGGCCUCCUACUGCCCUGCUGAGCGUGUGGCCAACAACCGCGGUGACUUCAGGUGGCCUCGGACACUCGCCGGCAUCACAGCCUACCAGUCCUGCCUGCAGUAUCCCUUCACGUCAGUGCCCCUGAGCGGGGGUGCCCCUGGUACCCGAGCCUCCCGCCGCUGCGACCGGGCCGGCCGCUGGGAGCCGGGGGACUACUCCCACUGCCUGUACACCAAUGACAUCACCCGGGUGCUCUAUACCUUUGUGCUGAUGCCCAUCAAUGCCUCCAAUGCACUGACCCUGGCCCACCAGCUGCGGGUGUACACAGCGGAGGCCGCCAGCUUCUCAGACAUGAUGGACGUAGUCUAUGUGGCUCAGAUGAUCCGGAAAUUCUUGGGCUACGUCGACCAGAUCAAAGAGCUGGUGGAGGUGAUGGUGGACAUGGCCAGCAACCUCAUGCUGGUGGACGAGCACCUGCUGUGGCUGGCCCAGCGUGAGGACAAGGCCUGCAGUGGCAUUGUGGGUGCCCUGGAGCGCAUUGGAGGGGCUGCCCUCAGCCCCCAUGCCCAGCACAUCUCUGUGAACUCGAGGAACGUGGCUCUGGAAGCCUACCUCAUCAAACCCCACAGCUACGUGGGCCUGAGUUGCACCGCGUUCCAGCGGAGAGAAGCCGGCCUGCUGAGCUCCCCGGUGGAGCAACAGCUGCGCUUCCGCUGCACCACGGGAAGGCCCAACGUCUCGCUGUCCUCCUUCCACAUCAAGAACAGCGUGGCCCUGGCCUCCAUCCAGCUGCCCCCAAGUCUGUUCUCCUCGCUGCCGGCCGCCCUGGCUCCCCCGGUGGUCCCCCCGGCCGUACCCCCGGCUUGCAUCUUGCAGCUGCUCGUCUUCCGGAAUGGACGCCUGUUCCGCAGCCACCAUGGCAACGCCUCCCGCCCUGGAGGGGCUGGACCGGGCAAGAGGCGAGGCGUGGCCACCCCUGUCAUCUUUGCAGGAACCAGUGGCUGCGGCGUGGGAAACUUGACGGAGCCUGUGGCUGUCUCACUGCGGCACUGGGCUGAGGGUGCCGAGCCCGUGGCAGCCUGGUGGAGCCAGGAAGGACCUGGGGGCUGGAGCUCUGAGGGCUGCCAGCUGCGUUCCAGCCAGCCCAACGUCAGCUCUCUGCACUGCCGGCACUUGGGCAACGUAGCUGUGCUGAUGGAGCUGAGCACCUUCCCCAGGGAGGCAGGGGGUGCCAGCGGGGGGCUGCACCCUGUCGUGUACCCCUUCACUGCCCUGCUGCUGCUGAGCCUCUUCUCCACCAUCAUCACCUACAUCCUCAACCACAGCUCCAUCCACGUGUCCCGCAAGAGCUGGCACAUGCUGCUGAACCUGUGUUUCCACAUGGCCAUGACCUCCGCCGUCUUCGUGGGAGGCAUCACGCUUACCAACUACCAGUUGGUCUGCCAGGCGGUGGGCAUCACUCUGCACUACUCUUCGCUGUCCACUCUGCUCUGGAUGGGGGUGAAAGCCCGGGUCCUCCACAAGGAACUCUCCUGGAGACCACCCCCUUCGCAGGAAGGGGAGCCGGCGCUGCCCACUCCUCGCCCCAUGCUACGGUUCUACUUGAUCGCCGGCGGGAUCCCGCUCAUCAUCUGUGGCGUCACGGCUGCCGUCAACAUCCACAACUACUGCGACCACAGUCCCUACUGUUGGCUGGUGUGGCGCCCCAGCCUGGGAGCCUUCUACAUCCCGGUAGCCCUGAUCCUGCUUGUCACCUGGAUCUACUUCCUGUGCGCGGGGCUGCACCUGCGGGGCCCCCCUGCCCAGAGCCCCAAGGGGACUGCCAGCAGGAUCUCCGUGGAGCCCGGGGAGGAGCUGAGAGGCUCCGGCAGGCUCAGGAGCAGCGGGCCCCUCCUCAGCGACUCGGGCUCCCUUCUGGCCGCUGCGAGUGUGAGCGCAGGGGUGGUGAGCCCUGGGCCCCCUGACAGUGACGGCCUGUAUUCUCCCAGAGCACAGCUGGGGGCGCUGGUGACCACGCACUUCCUGUACCUCGCCAUGUGGGCCUGCGGAGCCCUGGCCGUGUCCCAGCGCUGGCUGCCCCGGCUGGUGUGCAGCUGUCUGUAUGGGGUGGCGGCCUCGGCCCUGGGGCUCUUCGUCUUCACCCACCAUUGUGCCAGGCGCAGGGACGUCAGGGCCUCCUGGCGCGCCUGCUGCCCGCCUGCUUCACCUUUGGCCUCUCACGUCCCUGCUCGGACCCUGCCCACGGCCCCAGAAGAUGGCUCUCCGGUGCUGGGGGAGGGACCCACCUCGCUCAAGUCCUCUCCGAGUGGCUGCAGUGGCGGCGGGGGCAGCCUGGGCCCCUGCAAGCUCACCAACUUGCAGUUGGCGCAGAGCCAGGCCUGCGAGGCGGGCGGGGAGGGGGAGCCAGAGCCCACGGGCUCCCGUGGGAGCCUGGCUCCGCGUCACCCCAACAAUGUGCAUCACGGCCGUCGGGCGCACAAGAGUCGGGCCAAGGGCCACCGCGCCGGGGAGGCCGGUGGCAAGAGCCGGCCCAAGGCCCUGCGCGGGGCCGGGGGCGCGGCCGCCGGGGUGCCCGAGCUGCUGUCGAGUGAGAGCGGCAGCGUGCACAACAGCCCCUCCGACAGCUAUGCGGGCAGCGGCCGCAACAGCCCCGGCGCCGGCCUCCAGCGGGAGGGCGAGCCGGCGCUCACGCCAUCCGAGGGCAGCGACACAAGCGCUGCGCCGCUCCCGGACCUGGGCCGGCCGGGGCAGCGCCGCAGCGCCAGUCGCGACAACCUCAAGGGCGCGCUGGAGAGGGAGAAGGAGAGCAAGCGCCUCUCCUACCCGCUCCACACGGCCAGCCUCAAUGGCGCCCCCAAGGGGGGCAAGUACGAGGACAUGAGCGUGCCGGGUGUAGAGCCCGCUGCGGGCGCUUGCAUGAAGACUGGCCUCUGGAAGAGCGAGACCACAGUCUAGGAUGAGG